AUGGUAAACGCUCACGUUUCUCCACUUGAGGAGAAUGUUGCUCGCAAGAAUAUUGCCCACGUCUCACCUGCUGGUAUCGAGGGGAAUGUUGAUGUCUCCACCAAGAACCAGUCCUGGAAGAGCUACUUCUGGGAUUCUUGGGACAAGUCGCCGGAGGAACGAAGGUUGAUCUUCAAGCUCGACUUGACCCUCAUGACUUUUGGCUGCCUUGGGACGUUUAUUAAGUACAUCGAUAGAUCCAACAUCAACUCCGCAUUUGUUUCGGGAAUGAAAGAGGACCUUAAGCUCUAUGGCAACCAACUCAACUACGCAAAUACUGCCUUCUCUAUUGCGAACAUUAUCGGCGUAUGGCCAUGCAAUCUCAUGCUCACCAGAUCUAAUCCGAAAUGGUUCAUCCCACUCCUGGAGGCCGGGUGGACGAUCUGCACGUUUGCGCAGGCGGCGAUGAAAACACCGCUUCAAAUGUACGUCUUGCGGACUCUGACGGGCUUGUUUGAGACUGGUCACUACUCUGCCAUUGUGUACCUCUGCGGUGCCUGGUAUCAGAAAUCGGAGCUGUCAAGAAGACUUGCCAUCAUCAAUUGUGCUACCGCCAUCGGACCCAUGUUUAGCUCUUACUUGCAAGCUGCCGCGUACACCGGACUGAAUGGUAGACACGGCAUGGCUGGCUGGCAAUGGCUCUUCAUCGUUGACGGCGUCAUCUCCAUUGGGAUCAUCAUCCCGCAGUGUCUGUUUUACCCCGACGUUCCCUCGCGUCAAAAGCCUGACUGGGUUUUCACUGAGAAGGAAAUUGAGAUAGCUCGAGACAGAAACCCUCGCGAAGGAAGAGUAAAGCAGGGUAGAUUUACCAGAAAGCAAAUGAAGCGUUGGCUCCUGACCCCGGAUAUCUGGCUUCUCUGGGUCAUUUCGAUCUGCAACUCCAUCGGCAAUCAGCCAUCGGGUUCAAUGGCUUUCUGGCUCAAAGCCUGGAAUAAAAAGCAUCCCAAAUCCUUCACCGUCCCACAAAUCAACAACUACACGACCCCGAUCCAAGCCGUCACGGUUGUGGUGACCCUCUUCAUGGCAUGGUCGAGCGAUACCUGGCUAGGAGGCCGGCGCUGGCCAAUGCUGGUACUGGGCGGUGUGGUGAAUGGCAUCGUCUGCGUCCUCUUGGGUUCUACGCCCGUUUUCCCCAAGAAUCGCGCCUUUCGCUGGUUUCUCUACUACCAAACCGGCUGGGCGCAGGCUAGCAACAGUAUGUUCUGGGCAUGGACACAGGAUACUCUAUCUGGCGAUCCUGGAACCCGUGCCUGGGCGUCCGCUGGGCUCAAUGUCUGGGCUUGGACAUUCAUUGCUACUGUGCCGCUCGCCGUUUUCAAGACCACCGAUCAGCCCGCUGUUGUUGCUGGAAACUACACAGCGGCUGGAUUCUGCUUUCUGCUUGCAAUCACCGCCGUUGCGCUUGCGUACCUGCAGCAUCGGCAGUCUUUGACUAGCGGCUCAGACUUAGAGAUUCGUUCCAGCGUCAAUACCGAUGGGUUAGUUUAUGACGAUUCCAAGUCUGCUAGGGCGGGCGUAAAGGCGGUAGCUUGA